AUACUUAUUUAUUUCUGCUUUAAAGCUGUCCUGUGCAAUGAAGCCCAAAGUUUUGUUUUGUCUGAACCCGCUUCACCAAUGAUUUUUCGUCAUAACCUUCGAAACAAACACGAUUUAAUUAAGCACCAUGAAAUCAAUUGGAACUAAUCUUUGUAGAUUCAUUGACUUUUGCAUUAAGUUUUAGCCGUUUUCAAGUUGUUUCACAUUUUUCGUUCCAUUCAAGGAAGCACAACCUCAUCAAGCACUUGAUCACUUCCAGUGACUUCAAAUGCUUGCAAAUCGCUUGAAAUACCUAAACUAGCAAGAGCUAGGUGUAUUAUCUGUACUUCUUAAUGAAUAUAGCAAGUUGCUAUUGUUUAAUCUUACUCGUUUAGAGAAUUCUUGCUUUCAUUUUUCCAAGUGUAUCUGGGCUUCAUUGAUACAGUCUUGUUCGGAGUCUCGUCCUCUUAUUCAUGCUCAAUAUACGAUUCCUAUGAUUACCUUGUGCAAGAAUUAAACUGAAAUCGUUCUGUUUGUUUGUAGCAUUUCUAUGUUAAAAAAUAGAGCCGCUAGCGUUUUACUAGUUCGUGCCUCUUGGAGCGCAAAAACUUCAAAUGUAGCCAUUUUUCAAGGUGCUAUAGUUGCUACCGUUGUGGGAAAAACAUGUCUACGUUUUUAUUCAACAACUAUACGCGAAUCCCAUGCAGAAACAACUGAAUCUCGUCGCAUAAACUCUGUCGGUAUUCAAUAUCUUUCUCCGGCUCUACAGACCCAGAUAUUCCCAGGGGAAAAAACAGUUCCUUCAAAGGUGCUGGAACAACUUUCCCAACUGCAUUUGACACAGCACCAUUUACUUGGAAAGAAAAGUACACGUUUUCCUGUUUACAAUUUCUCCCUUCCUCCAUUGCAAGGAAAAAGCUUAACUGAGCAUUUUAAAAAAAUUGGGGAAUGCUUUGCUGAACCUCACUUGUCUCGAGCAAAGGCUUUAGCCUCCAUAAGUCUUCCUUCCAUACCAACUUCGAUACGUGUUGCUUCUGGAUGGACUCGCUAUGACAGGGAAGGAAAUGUAGAACCAGUUCCCUAUCCUAUGGAAAAUGAGAUUGUCUUUGAUGUGGAAGUACUUUAUAAAAUAUCCCCUUUCGCGGUAAUGGCAUGUGCUGCUUCUGAGAAAGCUUGGUAUACCUGGUUAUCUCCUUGGCUGUUGGAGGAAAGUAAAAAUGACCGAAAUUUGAUACCCAUGAACCCUGCUGGUCACUUAAUUAUUGGCCAUAACAUCAGUUUUGACCGGAAAAGAAUUCUCAAUGAAUACAGCCUGCAAGGUUCAAAUAAUUUCUUUUUAGAUACUAUGUCAUUACACAUAGCGACGCAUGGAAUGUGUUCCCGACAGCGCCCUACUUGGCUUAAAGUACAGAAGGAGCGUAAACUUUUGGAACAACUUAAUGAUGAGGAUUUAUUGGAUGAAGAUAUUAUGGAUUCUCAUUUGUUUCUUUCGAACUUGGUUGAAAGUGACCCAUGGCUUAAUCAUUGUGCAACAAAUUCGUUAAAAGAGGUUGCAAAGUUUCACUGCAACAUCGAUAUGAAUAAAGCCGUGCGUGAUGAAUUUGCUACUUUGGACAAAGCAGAAAUCUUGAAGGAUUUACAAAAGCUGGUUCUUUAUUGCGCAAACGAUGUUGACACGACACACAAAGUUUAUGCCAAAGUAUUUCCUAGAUUUGUCGAAGUUUGUCCACAUCCGGUGACCUUUGCUGCAAUGUUAAGAUUAUGUAGCUUAUUCCUUCCCGUUAACUCUUCAUGGCCGGCUUAUGUGGAAAACUGUGAAAGGAUAUUCAAGGAGGUUAAUGAACAUGUUUGGCAUCAUUUACUGCAGUUGGCGCAAGAUGCUUUGGAUACCCAGAAGAAGGAUCCCGAUGCAGUGAAAGAUGACCCCUGGCUAAGUCAAUUAGAUUGGUCAUCAUGCAAUCUUCACAGAAAAGUAAAGGAUCAACCAGCUCCUCCUGUUGUCCCUAGAUGGUACAAGCAAGUGUAUGACACGAAAAAAAAGAAGAUAAUUAUUACUCCAAAAACUCGUUUAGCACCUAUUCUCUUAAAGCUUCGUUGGCUUAAUCACCCGCUCGUUUGGUCUAAUGAACAUGGCUGGACCUUUUCCGUCGAGAAAGACGCUGUCAGUGAAAUAAAGCAGCUGCUUGAUCGAAAGUAUGUUCUGUGCGAGAUUUCACCUACUAAAGAUCCAAACAUGGAUUCGGUAAACUACACUUUUUUUAAGGUUUCUCACAAAAAUGGAGCAGCUGCAAGGUGCUGUAAUCCUUUAACAAAGUCAUACCAAAAGUACUUUGAAAAUGGUACCCUUUCUUCCGAAUUCCAACUUGCAAAGCAUGCGCUUUCGAUGAACGCUACUUGUUCUUAUUGGAGCAGCGCGAGAGAUCGGAUUAAAAACCAAAUGGUUGUGUGGAAUUCAGACCUUGAACAGAAUAUCGAUAAGCGACAACCCAAAGAUCUUGGUCUUAUCCUUCCUUCAAUUAUCCCUAUUGGUACCAUUACUCGACGAGCAGUUGAAAAUACAUGGCUAACUGCAUCAAAUGCCAAGAAGAACCGAUUGGGUUCAGAACUCAAGGCAAUGAUCAAAGCACCGAAGGGUUAUUGUUUCGUCGGAGCAGACGUUGAUUCAGAAGAAUUGUGGAUUGCUUCUUUAAUCGGCGACUCCCAGUUCGCACUUCAUGGAGCAACAGCUUUAGGAUGGAUGACUCUUGAAGGUGAGAAGUCUGAGAAAACAGAUUUGCAUUCAAAAAGUGCAGACAUCUUGGGUGUUACAAGAGAUGCAGCUAAGAUCUUCAAUUAUGGCCGUAUUUACGGUGCAGGCUUAAAGUUUACCGUUCAAUUGCUUCAACAAUUCAACAAUUCUUUAACUGAAGAAGAUGCCGUUAAGUUGGCUACGAAUCUUUACAACUCAACAAAAGGUGUCAGCAAACGGAUACGGAUUGAAAAGAAUAAUGGAGUUAAAAGGGAAAACAUCUGGGCAGGUGGCACCGAGAGUUUUGUCUUUAAUAAAUUGGAAGAAAUGGCCGAGGCUCAUUACCCUCGUACUCCCGUUUUGGAAGCCGGAAUUACAGAAGCUCUGCUCUCAAAAAAUCUUCCUCGCCGUUCGUACAUGACAUCGCGUAUUAAUUGGGCUAUUCAAUCUUCCGGUGUAGACUAUCUCCAUCUUUUAAUCAUCUCCAUGGAGUAUCUACUUAAGUAUUUUGGUAUCCAUGCUCGGCUUGCCAUCACAGUGCAUGACGAGAUUCGCUAUUUGACACCGUGGGAGGAGCGUUAUCGUACAGCGUUUGCUCUUCAAAUUGCCAAUCUUUGGACUAGAGCAUUCUUCAGUCAUCGACUGGGUAUUAAUGAACUUCCACAAUCGGUUGCGUUCUUUUCAAGUGUCGACAUUGAUGAAGUCCUACGUAAAGAUGUUCAAAUGGAUUGUGUGACUCCAUCAAACCCGAUUCCUAUUCCUCCAGGGGAAGCUCUCAACAUUGAUGCUUUACUACAAAAGCUUUCUUCUGAACAUGCCCAGUAUAAAGGGCAACCACUCAUACAACCGUUCCAUACGCCUCCUGAUUUCUACACAAUAAAGUCCAACCCACGACCCGUUACGAAAACAGAGAUCGCAUAUGUAAAGUCUCAGAUUGUUGGAAACACGUUAAGUAACCGAAAAAACACCCCUCUUUCGAGAAAACCACAUACAUCCGUUUAACCUGUUUUCCAUGUCUGCUUAAAUAGAAGUUUAAAUAUAAUAUUGAAGGAAGAAUGUAAGAGAAAGUCAUAUGAAGUUGGAUACAUGACAC